AUGAGCAUCUCCAUCCCGGCGGGGCUGACGGAGCUGCUGCAGGGCUUCACGGUGGAGGUGCUGCGCAGCCAGCCCGGCGACCUGCUGGACUUCGCGCUCCAGUACUUCGGGCGCCUCAAGGCGGAGGCGGAGGCGGCGGCCGAGAGCGGCCGCAAGGCGGGGGGGUCCCCGCCCGGCCAUGCCCGCGCCGCCGGCCUCGCGCCCCGCCGCGGCCCCGCCGCCGCCGCCAGCGCCCGCGGCGUCAACUUCGCCGAGGAGCCCGUGCAGACCGACUCCGAGAGCGCCGACGACGAGGACGACUUCCCGGCUCCAGUAAUAAACCGAUUCACCAGACGGGCCUCAGUGUGUGCAGAAGCUUACAAUCCUGAUGAAGAGGAGGAUGACAUGGAAUCCAGGGUUAUUCACCCUAAAACAGAUGAUCAAAGAAACAGAUUGCAAGAGGCUUGCAAGGACAUUCUUCUUUUUAAGAACCUAGAUCCGGAACAGAUGUCCCAGGUAUUGGAUGCUAUGUUUGAAAAGCUGAUUGAAGGAGGGGAGCAUGUCAUUGAUCAAGGUGAUGAUGGUGACAACUUCUAUGUAAUUGACAGAGGGACAUACGAUAUUUAUGUAAAAUGUGAUGGUGUUGGGAGAUGUGUUGGUACCUAUGAUAACCGUGGAAGCUUUGGUGAGUUGGCUUUAAUGUACAAUACACCCAGAGCAGCUACAAUAAUAGCUACCUCUCCUGGUGCUGUAUGGGGUCUGGACAGGUUAACGUUCCGGAGAAUCAUUGUAAAAAACAAUGCUAAAAAGAGAAGAAUGUAUGAAAAUUUUAUUGAGUCAUUGCCAUUCCUUAAAUCUUUAGAAGUAUCAGAACGCUUAAAAGUGGUGGAUGUUAUAGGCACCAAAAUAUACAAUGAUGAAGAACAAAUCAUCGCUCAGGGAGACAUGGCUGAUUGUUUUUUCAUUGUAGAAUCAGGAGAAGUGAGAAUUACAAUGAAAAGGAAGAGCAAACAGGAUGCAGAAGAGAAUGGGGCAGUUGAAAUAGCCCGGUGCUCUAGAGGACAGUAUUUUGGAGAACUUGCUCUUGUAACUAACAAACCUCGAGCAGCUUCAGCAUUUGCCCUUGGAACUGUCAAGUGCUUAGUUAUGGAUGUGCAGGCAUUUGAAAGGCUUUUGGGACCUUGUAUGGAAAUUAUGAAAAGAAACAUUGCAAACUAUGAGGAGCAGCUAGUUGCUCUUUUUGGAACAAACAUGGACAUUGCUGAUCCCAGUGCAUGAACUGAAGUGUGGACCAACAAGAUCUGAUAUGAGAAAAUAGCACAGUAGUGGUUAGUCCACUGAUAAAGUCUCUCUUCCUGUAGAUGCCAAGCAUUUUCUGUAACUUUAGGGUUGGGAAUAUUUUUUGUUUUGUUUUGUCACUUUACAAUAGACAGAUUGGUAAGCAAAAUAGGGAUUUAUUAACCUCCGGGCCUGAUUUUCAGGAUGACUUGGCACUAGCAGUUCAAUUUGAAUUGAGAGGAGCUGUAGCAGUACAGCACCUUGGAAAAUCAGGUCCUUUAUACACAGAUUUAAGAAAUCCACAUGUGGUGAAUUUAUUAAACCAGCUUUUCAUCUAUAGAAUGGUUAAGAUUUUUUUGGAAGACUGUUGGUUUGAGUGUGAUAUGUUGAAAGUAUUAGUGCACACAAAACGUUCAUAAGUAUUCAUAAUAUAGAAGAUACACAGUGGAUGUUCAUGUCUGCCUAUUAAAACUGUCAUGAUACUAUGCUGUAUUUAUGACAGAUGUAUAGAAAAGGAAUACCACAAACCUCCUCAUACAAUAAAGCAUGACAAUACAUUUUAUGUAAAGUUCAUGACCUGUCUGAUUUUAACAUUUUUUUGAUUUGUUAAAAGUCCUCUUUUUUAAUAUGCCGCAUUUCAGUAAGCCUGUUAGGAAGGUAUUGUAAUAUCUUAUGCAAUUUAGAGGACUUGUAUAUUUUUGCAAUAAAUUGCAUUUUUUAUUUGCCACACACACACACACACACACACACACACACACACUUUUGAGGAAGCUCAUAAGUUAAUUGUGAUGUGAGUAUAUUCUUCAAAGCAAAAGCAAAAAGAUUUUGCCUAGGCAUAGGUAGUUCUCACUCUCUACUUAAUCAUGCAUACAUAACAAACAUUGGUUUCCUUCCAAUUUCUUGUUUUAUAUUUUAUGCAUUUUGUCUUUCCCCCAUGUGUUUUGUACUCUAGUCUUGAUUUACCUUUGGGACCUCACUUUUAUUUUUCUCCAUCAAAUCUUUCCCCUGUUUCAAAUCAAGUGAUUUCUGCAUAUCUCUCUUCUUAGAUUUAGACAUAGUAGGUAUGACAGAUAAAAUGAAUUGAUGUUGAAAGCUAUGCUAAACUAAGCACACUCUUGGAAAUCCUUACUAGCAAAUACAAAAAAGAAUUUGAAUCUGAAAGAUCAGUAAUUGGAAAGAGUGAUUUAUACAUAUUUGGAAAGCAAGUUGUUAAAGCUGACAAAUUCUGCUUUUGUGUAUGAAAACCAAAAAUACUAUUAUUUUGGCAGUGGUAGCAUGGAGUAACUGUUUGCUUUAUCUGAGACUGAGGAGAGAGAUUAUCAUUUUAAUUACAACAGGAUAUGCAGAUAAUUGCUCACUAAUAAAAGUCUGACUGGAACUAUCAGACAGUCCCAUUUCACUGUUACAUACUGACCUGUCUUUUGCUCUAUGUGGAAAGUUAGCACUCAAAAAACAAGUUGAAGCAGUUUUGCCAAGACAGAACCAGAAGAAUUUUGGCAAGGUUGCUUGUGUCCUGUUUUCAACAAACGAAUAACAACAUUUUUCCUUCUUAGACAAAGACUUUUCUAAUAUGAUGUAUUUGUGUAUGUUGAUGUAAUAAUAUAUCCUGCAGUUAGAGUGAACUAUUACAACAAUUUAUACAAUCAUAUUUGAAAAUGAAACUAUGAUUAUAUAAUGCUAUUACCAAUACAUUAUUUAUAUCAUACACUAUGGUAUAAAUUAUAAAUGAACAUUGUUAACAAAAAUACAAUGUAAGCAAAUUUACAAAGGUCAGGUUUUUUUUUACAUUGAACCCUUGUAUUAAUAGUGACACAUACCACGUAAUUUGCCUUUAUAUUUUUUAUUUGGGAGGGGAGGGGGGGAAGCAGCCCAUUAGAAGGAAACAUCAGGUUAUCCAAAUUACCCAAAAUACUACAUUAUUCUGUAUGCUUAAUAUACAAAAUUAUCUAUAUUUUGCACUAGCUUAAUGUUAUUCAGAAAAAUGCUAAGAAUAACUUGUGUAGCAAUGAAUUCCAAUCAAGGCCAUAAAUGCCAGUCACAAUAUUUUCAAUAUUGUUGGUUAUAUUUAAAGUUUCCUUACAAUAAACAACACUUUUAUAUAAAUGUCUAUAAAAUGGA